CGCACAUUAAAACCAUACUGAACCGAAUUCCGAGAAAGAAUGUUAGCACCAUGAUUAUUACAAGUUGGGUUUGGUAGACGACGCGCGUACAUGUCGGCUGCCUCGACAACAUAACAGCCCAACCGCACAGCCAGUUAUUUGAAGGCCUUGCCCUUACCACCCCUCUUGAUUCUCCCAACAAAAAUUUACUACCCCCUUGCAUUUCUCCCACAAUCUUUGUGGUUAUUUAAACCCCAAGGUGGCGGCUCGUUUGUCUUCAAUUUUCUUCAUCAAUGGGUAGGGCUGCCAGUUCAUCUCCAUCAUCGUCUUUUGAGAGCAGCAGCAACCACCACUUUGGUUUCUCGAGCACCAGUGCUGCAGCUUCUUCCAUGGAUUUCGGCACCGAUCUUAGGCUCGGCCUUAGUAUUUCAACCUCUCCUCCUUAUGAAAGGGAGCAGCUGAGGUUAAGGCAGGUGUUUGGUGAAGAAGAAAAUGAGUGUAACAGUGCAACAUUCUUUGUUAAGGUAUACAUGGAAGGGAUUCCUAUUGGGAGAAAACUAGACCUGUUGGCUCAUGAUAGUUACUACGACCUUAUAAGGACUCUUCAACAUAUGUUCAACACAAAUAUUAUCUGGGCCGAAGCUGAGGUUGAUGGAGAUCAUUAUGAGAAAUACCAUGUGCUCACAUACGAAGACAAGGAAGGUGAUUGGAUGAUGGUUGGUGAUGUUCCCUGGGAGAUGUUCUUGUCAGCUGUGAGGAGAUUGAAGAUCAGCAAGUGCUGAAUUUUGGAUGCAGAAAUCUUCCUACUAUAUGUCUUU